AUGAAUCUUUUAAUUGAGCAACGUCCAACAGCAAUAACGUCGAAUAUACAACAGCAACUAUCUAAUCAAAAUGUUGUGAAUAAUAGCUUAUCAUCAACACCGCUCAUACUUAAAAUCAAGCGGCAGACAACUAAACAGCAAUCUAAUCAUACUAGUUCAACUGCAUUAUCAAUGGCUAACGAUGAUAACAAUAAUAAUGAUAACUCUCGUUUAACAACACAUAAUCAACGUUUAAAACGUCCUAGUACUAAUCAAACAAUACGUCGACCGUCAUCACCUGCGUUUAAUGGUAAACAACAAUCAACAAAACGUUCUGUAACAAUUGAUAAUAAUAAUAAUGAUUUAAAUCCAAAUAUCGAUGACAUGUCAUCGAAAAAGCGUUUUAAACAAGAUGAUUUAAACCAAUCAUCAACAACUAAAGUGGAUGCUAGUGUUGAAACAGUCUCUAUUGGUCUAGCUACUGAACCUGAUCAACUUGGUCCCUGUGAGCCCGGUACUAGCGUUAUUCUAGAAGGCAUCGUUUGGAAUGAAACUGACAAUGGUGUACUCGUUGUUAAUGUAACUUGGCGAGGGAAAACUUAUGUGGGCACAUUAUUAGAUUCAACAAAACAAGAUUGGGCUUGUCCUAGAUUAACAUGUGAAUCACCGACUAGCGAUUAUGACGUUCGUAAUUGUAGUAAAAGUAGUCGUGCAAAACGUGCUACUGCCGGUGGAACUACUCGAUGUUCAUAUUACCAAACACCCUCAAACUAUCAACAUGUGUCAUCCAAUAUACAUAUCUCAGGAUCUGAAGAUCGAAAACUUCGAAACAAUAUUAAAUCUCGGCAAUCAAAACGAAUAAAUCUAAAUACUAUUGAUGAAUUAUCAACAAAUAAUUCAUCACCAUUAACAUCACCGUAUCCAACAAAUACCACAUUUUUUCCAUCAACAAAUCAAGAACAACAAUUAAUAUCAUGUCCGGAAUCCCAAUGUCAUAAACAAUUUGUUUCAGAUAUUGCCUUGCAAUAUCAUUUAAGUAAUGGACAUAAAAAAGUCGAUUCAAAUUCGACGGUAACAACGACACUUCAACAAGCUAGUACACGUGAUGAAGAAGAUGUUGCACAUAUUCUUGCUAAUGUAGCUGAUUAUGUUCGACGACCGUCACCGCCACAUUCAUCACAUGAAAAUCAACGUCAAACAAUGUUAACGUGGCCAUGUCCACAAAUUUCUUCAAAUCUUGUUCGAUCAUCACCAUUAAAUAAUAAUGAACAAAUAUCAAUGCAACUAUCAACAAAUCCAACUAGAAGUAUACUCAACAAUAAUGAAACAAAUUCAGAUAACGAUGAAAGCAAAUCUACAGUUAAAUCAACUGAUCACAUUCUAUUACAUAUUAAAAAUGAACCAUCGAUUUCUCCUUCGUCGUGGACAAAUUCCAAAGUUGAUCAAACUCAGCAUAAUGAUAAUCAAAAACCUGUAAAAAUUCCUACGCCAUCAUCGCCACCAUCAACAACAUUUGUUCCAAUUAAUAUAACUCCGACUAUUCAAUCUCUCCCAACUUCAUCAUCACCGGCUUAUUCUGAUAUAUCCGAUGAAGAUCCAACAGCCAUCACAAAUGAAAACGAACAAAAUUCAUCAUCGACCAUUAAUCUAUUGGCGACGACGAAAGUAAAAUUCGAUGAAAACGAACAAUCAUUAAUUCCUAAUCCAACAUGGACACCGCAAAUGCUUCUACAACAAUACGGGUCUUAUAUACAACAACAACCAAACUUUAUUGAUAAAGAAUUAACAUCCAAUCAUUUGAACAGUAAACCCAACCCAAAUGGUACCAGUGAUUCAACUGUAAAAAAUAUUCUUGAUUCACGUCGUUUAUCAACAACAAAAUCUUCGUCUUUAUCUCCUUCAUCGUCAACAAUUAUAACAAAUGACUAUCAAAAAAAUUUGUUUCAUUAUCAUACGAAUGGAAUAACUAAUGAUUCAAAAUUAUCAACAUCAACUAUAGUUAAUUCUUUAACAUCACCUAAUGAAAAUUUACUAAAUUUAACAACAUCAAAUUCAUGA